UCUAAUGUCGUUACAUUCUUUAACACUUGCUUUAAAUUGUGCCUUGAACCUUAUACAGUGCGCAUGUGUAUGCUGGGCGCUAGUUCAGCAAAAACAGAGGCUUUCACUAAGCUAUCAGCCGUUGCCUAGAGUUUCAAGAACUCCACUGUUGUGGGUCUAGUGUAGGGAGAACCUAGGCAUAAAUUUUCUUUAAUGGAGUCCAGAAAACAGGUUACUUUUCUCGAACGAGAUUCUGAUUGCCAGGGUCUGCAGCAAUCAUGCUUGAAAAGGACACGAAGACAUAAUUUUCCAAAAACUCAUGAUUCAAAUGCAUUGACGUUUCCACUAACAGAAAAAGUAGCUGAAAUGAAGGAACGGAAAGGCAGAGAGUAUCAAGUCAUGCUGCAACAACCACUCAGUCCACAGCUGAAAACUAUUCACAUCCCCAAAUCAGUGGAGAAUGCACCAUUUCUGCAGCAUCCAGGCUUGAAAACAGGGCAGAAGCGCUAUCUAUAUAGUAUUGCUAACAUCUACAGCACAGAUCAUAUGCACAGGCUGCUGCAGAAACAAUAUUUAAGUAUGUUGCAACAUCGUACCCAGCUUGGGUAUAUAACCCCACGUGAAUUUCAGAAGUACACUGAUUAUCUCACAAAACAGUCCCACAAAGAAAUCUGGAAGCAAAGCAGCAGGUCAUCAACAGCUCCAAGCUCUAAGCCGUCACCAACUUUACAAGCUGGAAGACCACGUUUCCUCCCCAUCAUAGGGGACAGCAGCCGGAGGUUACAUUCUCGAGCUCCAAGCAAAGUAAACCUUAAGGCAAAGGGAGCCCAGGUUCAACUCAAGCAAAGUGAACAAAUUCAAAAGAUCAAAUCAGAACAAGCUAAGCAAGAAUCAAGGAAAGAAACAAAGAAAUGAAGAAAAUAGAAUACCAGAGUUCUCAAAAUAUUACUUCAGAACUCUGCAGUCCUAUUUUAUUAGUGAUAGCAGUUGUCUUAGAACAUAAAUUUGUAACAUUUAUAAAAUAAUUAAUUUGGAAUUCUUUCACAAAUAAAACCAAGACCAAAUAGUGCUGAAGCAUGAUAGGAAUAAAAUACUGAUGUUAUUUCUCAGUGUGCAAAUUCAAAUGUAUUGAUG